GCCUGGCAAGGCCGGGGAUAGGCGGCCUGGGCCCGUGUUCGCCCGCCCCUGCUGCUGCCGCUGAUCGUAAUAGUAAUAACAACGUCAUCGCUUCAUGAUUAGGGGUGGCCUCUGCAGGUGUUGGGUCUGGGGCCGUUGCCAUUGCCAAGCUCGGGCCAAGUGGCCUGUGUCUGUCCCUGCUUCAUUAUUAUUAUUAUCUGAGUUGUGCAUUGGCUAUGCACACAGUGACUACAUGUUGGACAUCAUCACCAAGCUAAUGGCAAGCAUCCUAUGCCUGUCCCUGCAUUUUUAUUAUUAUGUAGUAUCAUUUUUUAUUAUCAUUAUCUAGUAUCAUUUAUCAGCAUAAUUAUUAUUUGUUGUUAUUAUUAUUAUUCUAUGAGAGUUGUGCAUUGUCUGUGCACAUGGUGAUAGAUAUCAUGGCCAAGCUAACACCAAGACGGACACUGCCCAUCCCUGCAUUAUUAUUAUUUAUUUUUUAAUUGUAUUUAGUAUAAUUUAUUAUCAGCAUUAUGUAUUAUUAUUAUUUGUUGCUAUUACUAUUAUUCUGAGAGUUGCGCGUUGCCUAUGCACAUGGUAAAUAGAUGUCAGAUAUCACCAACCUAAAGCCAAGCAUCCUAUGCCUGUCCCGCAUUAUUAUUAUUAUUUAGUAUUUAUUAUUAUUUAAUAUUUAUUACCAGUAUUUAUUAUUAUUAUUCUCUGAGAGUUGUGUAUUGUCUAUGCAUGUGGUGACUAGAUGUCAGAUAUCAUCACCAAGCUAACACCAAGACAGACUAUGCCUGUCCCUUCAUUAUUAUUUAGUAUGACUUACUAUCAUUAUUUAGUAUGAUUUAUUAUUAUCGUGAUUAGCAUUAAUAAUAACGAUAUUUUCUGAGAGAGGUAUUGCCAAUGCAGGUGCUGUCCAGAUGUCAGAUUCAUCGCCAAGCCGAUGGGUACAUGCAUCUCCUGACAGCAGCUUGCACGUCUUGCCCGCCUUCAUCCCCGCUCCUCCCCCAUAUAUUUAUACAAACAUACAUGCAUGCGCUCAGGCGCCCACACUCAACAUGAAAUUAAUUUUCUGAAGGGCUUCAGCUGCUUCCAGAGUCUUUGUUAAAAUGGAGGGAAUGCGGCCCCUCAGGAUCCUUGGUCAUUUCUGAACCCCAUCAGCAGCAUCUCUCACUGCUUUGGGGCCAAAUUGUGUUAUCUCCAUCAAGCAAGAGUGGGAGAGAGGGAGGAACCUCACACCUUUGUAUAAAUAUGGCCUCUGUUCAGAAAGUCACAGCAUGAUGUGGCUUCAGGUGACUUAUUUUGAAUGUGUAACUUAGCUGAGCUGUGCAGUGGAGCUGGAGGGUCUUCUGCUGAAGUUUUUUUUUGGUUGUUUUUUUUUUUUUAUGCCUUCUUUCCUUGAAGAAAAAGUCUCUACAGCCUAGUCCAUUUUCCAUUUCAUACCAUGGAUCUAAAUAGGAAAGCAUUUCAGUAACCUAUUCCUAAUCCUAAAAGUUGUUUUAGGGAGAUAGAUUUCAGCAUCCAUGAAAGAGCCUCCACCAAAGUUAAUGGGAUCACAUUUAUAUGACUUCAGUGUGAAGUAACUUGUCAGAUAUAGGCCUAGGUUUUGUUCUUUUUAGUUAGAGUGAAAUGGGCUGAGACCUGUUGAGUUGUCAUUUUAUAGGUGCUCACUUCUCCCAUUUUCCCUUUUGCAAAUAUUUAGUUUCUUCUGACGUUGUGGGCACUGGCCCAGAUCACCCAGAAAGGAAUGCUUCCUGCAGAGCAAGGAGCAAUCUUUUCUUUGUGCUAAUACCUCUAGGUUUAAGAGUGAAUGUGUGAUUAAAGUUUUUGUUAUUAUGAGAGGUGCUAAAUGUUGUGGCACCCUUUGUAUUCUAAACCUAAAACGCCUUUGUGACAAUAGUUUUAACAGUGUAGUGCAUUUUUUUUAAUUCCCUUAUUCCUGUAGGCUGUGACCAUGCCUCCAACACCACUAAUUCCACUUCUAUAAGGCAGCCAUGAUUAAACAAAAUUCAUGUCAUUUAUUCAGUUUUUCAUUGUAUCCAUGUUCAUCUGUGGUAUACUGUUCUUGAAUAGCUGUGGCCUCUUCAUUUCUUGUCUGAAAAUGCUUAGCGAUUGAAAGAUUAGAAUGUCUUUGGUUGUAUCAUGUGUAGCAGCACUUGAAUCUCAUUAAUUAUAAAUACUGGGUCAGAUAUGAGUUUGAGCGUGUGGAGGAGGAUGGGAUAAAGCAGGCUCCAUGUCCUUGGUUUAGUGUAUAUGCUGUCAAUCCCCAGAAGUAAAUUUAGAGAUGUGUUUGCAAAUAGAAAACUGUAACCAGUGAUAAGCACUGCUUGUGGGGGUGACAGUUACAACCUCACCUGCAUUAAAAUAUUCAGCAGCAGAGGGGCAAAGAAUAAGAUAGAAACCUCCACUCCACCAAAUGAUACCCUCAAGCUUAGUCUUAGCCUUUUUAUUAAUGGAUGAUGCUAGUGAUGCAAUACACUUCUGCAGAUCUGGGCAAUGGUAUUUGACUGUUUUUGUUCCUACAGUUAGGUACCAAACAUCUUGAUGUCUGUCCUGUCAUACCUUUUGAAAAUGGGUUCACUCUAGUAAUGAUAGAUAACCCAGUACUGAUAAGUAUAGUGUCAUAGUUUGAUCUCUAUACCUUUGAAAUUGGUAAGGAAACAUGGAGAAUUAAAAAGAAACAUGGAGAAAGUAAAUGAUUCCAUUCUAAAGACUUAUGAAGUGUUUGCUUGAUCCUUCAUUUGGUCUUGUUUUUUUGAGCAUCUGAUCUCUCUUUGUCAGUGUUAAUAUUUUGAUAUGUGUAAUCUUAAUGUAUAUUCACACAGAGCCAUGUAUAUAUAAGACUCCAAAGAGAUCCCUGAAUAGCCGAUCACGGUUACCUACCUUCAGUUCUCCUGUCAACGAUACCGAUAUACAGCAUGAAAUUUUUUGGGAUCCUCAUUCACCAAUUGCACACCAACUAGGUAAUGAAAAAAAGAAAUGUACUACCCGUAGAUGUACAGUUGAAAUUUCAGAUAUUGUUAAUCGUAUUGCUCCUCGGGAUGAAAAACCAGCCAGUUAUGAAGGAUCUCUUCUAGACACAUGGAUUGGUGAAAAUGCCAUUCCCUGCACACCUGCAGUAGCAAGGACAGCAUUAAAUGGAACAAGAGUUCUUAAAAGAAAGAAUAGUGAAGAGGAGCUUAUGAAAUUGGCUGAGGAAUUUGAUAAAAAUCUGGUUGAGCUAGAUGCAGUCCAGGACCAAGAAGUUCAUUGCCAUGAUUUUCUCCAGACUACCUCAGAGGCAGAGGCUCUACAUAAUUCUAAAGAUGAUGUACAGAUAAAAAAUCUGAAGUCAUUCCUGAAUGGAGUUCCUGAAGCAGAUGCAACUCUGUCCUUAAAACCAGUUAGAGAGAGCACUGACAUCCGUGUAAUGGAGUACUUUCAUACUAGCAGUCAGAAGUCUGUAGACCUUGAGGCUGAAUUAGCCCUUCGUGCCCUAUUUGAUUGUUCUACUCAGAAAUGCAGUGGACAAUUCAGCCAAGGCCUGUCGGGGAUUUCCUUAAAUAAUUGUUUUCAUGAGAAGAAAAGUACCCUGGAAGAAGAGAAAUGCAUUUCUCAGGAAAUGACAGAAACAAAGGGACAUGUUGGUGAAGAGAGAUGUCAAAAGCAAAACUCAACCACUAUGUUAGGAAAUGGUAACCACAUUGCAGCUCCAGAAACUAAUAUCUAUUUGCUGCCAAAGCAAAAUAUAGCUUCCUCAAAGACGGAAUCAGUGGCUUCCAGUAAACCUGCUCAAAUAGCUCAUGAUGAUUUCGAUGAGUGGGAUAGUGAUUUAUUGGCAGAUGACUCCUUCAUAAUGCAAAUUACUCAAAAUCCUGAACUGCUAAGUACAGAAAAUGCAUCACCAACUACUAAAACAUGUACAGACUCUCUUAAUGGCAUUAGUCAAGCUAAACACAAACCAAAUAGUUCUCAUUCAAUAGCUGGUAUUUCAGCCAAGUCCAGCAGUUCUCAAUAUGUGCCCCUGAAACAAUAUAGUAAAACCAUACAGGAUACUACAAAUUCAUUUCCUUUUCAGGAGCCAAGUAAUGGAACAGAAAAUUCAAAGCUACAAAAAGCCAGUUUGUAUGGGAAGCAAGAUGUUAAAGGUGAUGGAAUAAAUUAUGCUGGAAAAGGUGCUCCAAAUAGAGGUUCUGACCAUAUUCCUAUUUCAGUACAGUCUGGAGUUAAUGCAAAGGAAAGUAUUCAGUCAAAAAGUGGCUUCACUACUUAUUUUCCUGUAAAAGGAUCCUCUUCAGUCUUUGUACACUCUAAUCCACAUAGAGCACAGACUGGAAAAUAUGGAAAUAAGACACACAAUAUUUUUCAUCAAUCAUCCAAUGUUUCUACUAAUACAAAACCUAAUGAUCUAGUGAAAGUGGUUAGCCAAGCCAGUACAGGUCACCUAAACCAGGCUGAAUUGCCAAAGAAAUGUUCUGUGUCAUUUGAUGACUGGAAUGAGCCUAAGUUCUCUGAUGAAGUUUUAGAUAUGUUUUGUGAAUCUGAUAGUCUUUGGGACACAAACUGUGAGGAUGAUGAAUUAUUGUAUCAGGUGUGUGAUGAUGUGGAAAAGCAGACUCAAAGCCAACACAUUAAACAAGGAAAUGAAAGAGACAAAAUUACACAAGGAACCAAUAUUAAUUCCAGAUCUAGUGCUGAUAACAGUUUUAUAGCAUCUAAACAAGGACCGUCUGAUCACCCACUAGCAGAAAGAAUCAACAUAAAAAAGGAAACUAUUUCAUUAGACACUGCUCAUACAAACUACUCAAAGGUUACAGACAGACUGACUACAGUGGGAAACGUGAACUGUAGAAACUUGUCAAAUGUUAGAGCUUCAGUCACAGACAUUCCUACACUACCCAAGUAUACGAAUUUUCAGACUUAUAAACAAACUGCUCCUGGAACAAAUAAUGUUCCUGGAAAAUGGCUUAGGUCUAAUUCAGUGCCUGUAGGAGGAUGUGAUUCUGAAAUUGGUCCAAUUAGUACAUUGAACACACGUAUUACUGCUUUUAAUAGUAAAGGGUUGCACAGCCAAGAUCUUCCACAUAACACCGGAAAGAUACAAAAUAACAGUUGUAUUAACAAAAUGUCAAAUAAAAUGUCAGUUGUGCCUUCAAAGUUUACAUUCAAAAAGAUUAACACUUCUCAGGCUGCUGUUCAUGUAGAUCCUAAAACUAUAGAAGGCAGUUCAGGAAUCAGAGUUCCUCAACAUGGUUUAGAGGACAGCAAGAAUCAACUAAAUGUCCCUUUCCAUGGGAAGAUGGAAAUUAAUCAGAAACCACCUUUUAAGAGGCAGGUUUCAGACUCUUUUGCACAGUCUACAACAGUGUUUGUGAUGGAACAGAAAAAUAGAAAAUGCUCUCAAGCAGAGAUUGAAAAAAAAAAGCAAGAAGCUCUUGCCCGACGAAAAUCUAGAAUGCAGGCAUGUCUCAAUAAUACUUGAACUUCGUUUUGGAUUUUUCUUCUGCUAACUAAAAAAAUCAAUGAAGGAACUGACCUACUGUCUUAAAAUGAUCCGUGAUUCCUGAUUUUGAUAUUUUCUUACCUCCUUCCUGAGAUAUUUUGAAGCCUUUGUUAGAUCACUGAAGCACUUGCUUACUUUCAUUUAUAAAAGGAUUACAGUUCAGAGAACUUUUUUCUUAGCAGCUAUUCCAGUGAGGUUCAGUAUUGUUCUCUCUAGUACUAUUGCAUAUUGCAAUUGAGUGGUUUAAAAUUCAUGUGAGUUAUAAUUAAAGUAUUUUUUAAAAGGAUUAAAGCCCUUUAAAGUU